AAAACCUGAUCGUCUAUUUCUGACAGGGAAGAAAAGAAAAACACAAUCGGAGCGUCCUGCGACUAUUGACCUCGUUCGCUCUCUCUCUCUCUCUCUCGAUUAUCGUCGUCGUCGUCGUCUUCUUGGUCUUCGAUCAUUCGUACCUGAAUUUAGCGUUUCACUCUUCCAGCAGCUGACAAUGGAACAAUAAUUAUAAAGAUUUCCAGAGAGGAGAGGAGGAGAGAAGCCAUAUUUGUAAAUAACAUGUCGCGGCAGCCGGCAAUGACCGCUUUCCACAAGCCCAAGACUCUCGACAACAAAUACAUUUUUGGAGAUGAGAUUGGGAAAGGAGCAUAUGGUCGAGUUUACAAGGGUUUGGAUUUGGAGAAUGGAGACUUUGUUGCAAUUAAACAGGUUUCUUUGGAAAAUAUUGCGCAGGAGGAUCUCAAUAUUAUCAUGCAAGAGAUUGAUCUGCUCAAGAAUUUGAACCACAAGAACAUUGUGAAAUAUCUUGGAUCCUUAAAGACGAAGACUCAUCUUCACAUAAUUCUUGAGUAUGUAGAGAAUGGCUCACUUGCAAAUAUUAUUAAGCCAAAUAAAUUCGGACCAUUUCCAGAAUCGUUGGUGGUCGUGUAUAUUGCUCAGGUAUUGGAAGGUUUGGUUUAUCUACAUGAACAGGGUGUAAUUCAUCGGGAUAUCAAGGGUGCAAAUAUAUUAACAACCAAAGAGGGUCUUGUGAAACUUGCAGAUUUUGGGGUUGCAACAAAACUAACCGAGGCAGAUGUUAAUACACAUUCAGUUGUUGGAACACCCUAUUGGAUGGCCCCUGAGGUCAUUGAGAUGUCUGGGGUCUGUGCUGCAUCUGACAUAUGGAGUGUUGGCUGCACUGUGAUUGAGCUUCUUACAUGUGUGCCUCCAUACUAUGAUCUCCAACCCAUGCCUGCUCUCUUCAGGAUUGUGCAGGAUGAGCAACCUCCAAUACCAGAUGGUUUAUCUCCUGACAUCACUGAUUUUCUGCAGCAAUGCUUUAAGAAGGAUGCUAGGCAGAGGCCUGAUGCAAAAACACUGCUUUUGCACCCUUGGAUACAGAACUCAAGGCGUGUUCUACAGUCUUCUCUCCGUCAUAGUGGAACAUUAAGCCCUGUUUCUUGCAGAAAUAUAGAGGAAGAUGGUUCAUUGGAAGCAGAGAUUUUAGAUGGAGAUGACCAGAGCACUAGUGAAAGACCUUCUGCAGAGAAAGUAAAAGUAUCUGAAAAAGAGUUGUUAUCAACAGAUGUUGCUGAUAUUGGCAAAUAUGAUGAAAAUAAUGGCUCAAGUAGUAAUCUUGUCGAGGAAAUAACAGAUAAUCUUGUGGAUGAUAAUUUAUCUGAUCAAGUUCUCACCUUUGCUAUCCAUGAAAAGGUUUCAUUAAAUAUGGGCUCUGUUAGAUUAUCAGGUGAUAAUGACGUGCCUCCCUCUCAUCCCUUGGAGCUCCACAGGCCACCACACAUUGGUGACGAGGGGGAAGGUCUGUUGAAUGGCAAGGUGGGAUCUUUUGAUUCAAGAAGGAAAAACAUCCCAGCUAAAAACCUUGAAGGAAAUGGAAGUGCUUCCCAUGUUGAGCAUAAAUCAUUUGGUUUUGGAAUGAAAAACCAAGAAUACAGCCCUCGAAAGGCUGCUAAAGUACCGGUCACUUUGGGGGGAAAUGAAUUGAGUAGAUUUAGUGACACCCCUGGAGAUGCUUCCUUGGAUGAUUUAUUCCAUCCAUUAGAGAAAAGUAUGGAGGAUAGGGCAGCUGAAGCUUCAACAUCUGCCUCUUCGUCUCAUGUGAAUCAAGACAAUGCAAUUGUAACUGAUGAUGGAAAAAAUGAUUUGGCAACAAAGUUAAGGGCUACAAUAGCUCAAAAACAGUUGGAGAGCGAUACAGGGAAGACAAAUGGCGGAGACCUUUUACGGCUAAUGAUGGGUGUUCUAAAGGAGGACGCAAUUGACAUCCAUGGUUUGGGUUUCGAUGAUAAAUUGCCUGCGGAGAACCUUUUUCCUGUACAGGCUGUUGAGUUUAGCAAAUUGGUUGGGUCAUUGCGACCAGAAGAAUCAGAAGAUGUGAUAAUGUCUGCCUGUCAGAAAUUGAUAGCUUUUUUCCACCAGCGACCUGAGCAGAAAAUUGUUUUUGUUACACAGUAUGGUUUGCUCCCAUUACUGGAAUUACUUGAGGUUUCACGAACUCGCGGUACAUGUUCAGUACUUCAAGUUCUAAAUCAAAUAAUCAAAGAUAACACUGAUUUUCAGGAAAAUGCUUCUCUUGUUGGCCUCAUCCCUGUUGUGAUGAGUUUUGCGGGACCUGAUCAUCCCCGUGAAGUUCGUAUGGAAGCAGCUUACUUCUUGCAGCAGCUUUGUCAGUCCAGUCCUUUGACAUUGCAAAUGUUUAUUGCUUGCCGUGGGAUACCUGUUCUGGUGGGUUUUCUAGAGGCUGAUUAUGCAAAAUUCAGGGAAAUGGUUCAUCUAGCUAUCGAUGGCAUGUGGCAAGUUUUUAAGCUUCAGCGGUCAACUCCAAGAAAUGAUUUUUGUCGCAUAGCUGCAAAAUAUGGGUUUUUGCUAAGGCUUAUCAACACUCUAUACAGUUUGAAUGAAGCAACUCGAUUGGCUUCCAUAUCUGGUGGGAGUGGGUUUCCAGUUGAUGGUUUGCCUCCACGACCACGUUCUGGUCCAUUGGAUCCUAACAAUCCUGCUUUUGCUCAGGGUGAAACAUCACCUUCUGGAAUUGAUCAGCCUGAUCUCCUCAAUAUUAAGCAUGGAGUAACGGAUCGUCCCUUGUCCACAGGAACACAAGAACCUUCACGCUCUUCAGCUUCAUAUUCUCCAGAUUCCCGAUUUUUUCCCUUAGAUACUGAUAGACCUCAAUCCAGCAAUGCUGCAGUGGAAGCUUCAGUUGCUUCAAGAUUAUCAGAUCCAACAUCUUUGGACAAUGUGGCUAAUGUUGCAAUUAAGGAAUCUUCAGGAACAGGUUCUAAAGAACGAGAAAAUUUAGACCGGUGGAAAAUUGAACCUUCUCGAGCAGAAAUUGAACUUAAACAGCAGCGAGUUGCUAAUUCAGCUAAUAGAACAUCCACUGACAGGGCUCCAAAAUUGACGGAAGGUGCAUCAAAUGGCUUUCCUACUACAAUAGCCACUCAGCAAGAGAACGUUCGACCUCUUCUAAGCUUGUUGGAUAAGGAACCGCCUUCGCGACAUUUCUCUGGUCAGCUUGAGUAUGUUCGCCACCUCUCUGGGUUGGAAAGACAUGAAACUAUACUGCCUCUUCUACAUGCAUCUAAUGAAAAGAAAGCAAAUGGGCUAGAUUUUUUGAUGGCUGAGUUUGCAGAGGUCUCUGGGCGCGGAAGGGACAAUGCAAACCUUGACUUGCCUAGAAUUUCCCAUAAAACAGUAAAUAAGAAGGUAGGCCCUUUGACAUCUAAUGAGGGAGCAGCUUCUACAUCUGGACUUGCAUCUCAGACGGCAUCUGGUGUACUUUCUGGGUCUGGCGUUUUAAAUGCUAGACCAGGGAGUACAACAUCAUCCGGAUUACUUUCCCAUAUGGUAUCAACCUUUAAUGCUGAUGUUGCCAGGGAAUAUUUAGAAAAGGUGGCAGACCUUCUACUUGAGUUUUCUGGUGCAGAUACCACUGUAAAAUCCUACAUGUGCAGCCAAAGUUUGCUUAGUCGUCUUUUUCAGAUGUUCAAUAGGAUAGAACCCCCUAUUCUUCUGAAGUUGUUGAAGUGUAUUAAUCUUCUAUCAACCGAUCCACAUUGUUUAGAGAAUCUUCAGCGGGCAGAUGCAAUUAAAUAUUUGAUUCCAAAUCUUGACCUCAAAGAAGGGCCUCUCAUAUCCCAAAUACAUCAUGAGGUCCUCAAUGCGCUAUUCAACCUUUGCAAGAUAAAUAAGAGGAGACAGGAACAAGCAGCGGAGAAUGGAAUCAUUCCACACUUGAUGCAUUUCAUCAUGUCAGAUUCACCCUUGAAACAAUAUGCGCUGCCACUGCUAUGCGAUAUGGCCCAUGCAUCACGUAAUUCAAGAGAGCAGUUAAGGGCUCAUGGUGGACUGGAUGUGUACCUAAGUCUACUAGAAGACGAGCUUUGGUCCGUGACGGCAUUGGAUUCUAUUGCUGUUUGCUUGGCACAUGAUAAUGACAACCGGAAAGUAGAACAAGCUUUACUGAAAAAAGAAGCAGUUCAAAAAUUGGUCAAGUUUUUCCAGUGCUGUCCAGAACAGCAUUUUGUUCACAUAUUGGAACCCUUCUUGAAGAUUAUCACAAAAUCAUCACGGAUAAAUACAACUUUAGCUGUCAACGGCUUGACACCAUUGCUCAUUUCAAGGCUUGACCACCAGGAUGCUAUAGCUCGUCUCAAUUUGCUCAAACUAAUAAAGGCUGUGUAUGAGCACCAUCCGCGCCCAAAGCAACUGAUUGUAGAGAAUGAUCUACCACAGAAACUGCAGAAUUUGAUUGAGGAGCGCAGAGACGGGCAGCGCUCUGGUGGCCAAGUUUUGGUGAAACAGAUGGCUACUUCACUGCUUAAAGCUCUUCAUAUAAACACUGUUCUGUGAAUUUAGGUGCCCAAGUAUCGUUUAUCUGUAUAUUCGAUUGUUAGGAGGAAUUGUACUUGGGUCAUCUUUUAUUUUGUUUUUCAGUUUCGUGUUUUGUUUUCUUUAGUUUGUUAUUGUUCCUGUUUGCAAUGUCCUUUUUUUUACGGGCUGUUGUGAUCAUAUCUGAAAAAGAUGUUCACUGUUUGUUUCUCUCCGAAAAAGCUAGUUGGAAAGAUAGAUGGCUCUAACGUCUCUCUUUCACACAGCUUUUAGUUAUGAAGCUGUUUGUUUCUCUCCA